CAAACCACACUGGUCACAGGCACGAGUCCUUAGCUCCAUACUCUGCACAUUACACCCAAACAGUCUCCUUCUCUCGAACCCUGCAUCUGCACCGUCAACCCUAUUACACUUUUACCUGAUCCUUGCUGAAAUCUAGCCAGACAGCCAAAACCCUUUACUUUCUUUCACUCAGCACCAAAACCCCAUCAAAGAUUACUCCUUUUUACUCUCUGUCAUGCACUCAAGUUUCUUCCUUUUUCAAUGAGUUGGGUUUCCUUAGCUCUUACUUGGGGGGUGAAUGGGGUGUAUGUUUUCUCAGUUAGCUGCAAAAUUUGCUUUCUUUCCUCCUUCCCCACCCACAUACCAGAUCAAGAAACGUGAGGAUGGCAAACUCACGGUGGUCUCUUCUUCUUCUUCCAUGCCUAUUCCUGUUGCUGAUGACAGCUCCUUGGAUGUGCUCUUGGUUGACACUAAACGUGGCAACAAGAUUGUUGCCUUUUACUUGAAAAACCCAUAUGCAAGACUCACUGUGCUUUAUUCUCAUGGCAAUGCUGCAGACCUUGGCCAGCUUUAUGAUCUCUUUGUGCAGCUCAAGGUUAAUCUCAGAGUCAACCUCAUGGGGUAUGACUAUUCUGGCUAUGGAGCUUCUACCGGUAAGCCAAGUGAAUCAAAUACAUAUGCUGAUAUAGAGGCAGUUUAUCAAUGUCUUCAGACUGAGUAUGGAAUUAGCCAGGAAGAUUUGAUUUUGUAUGGGCAAUCGGUUGGAAGUGGCCCUACAUUGCAUUUGGCAGCUAAGCUGCCAAGGCUAAGAGGUGUAGUUCUUCACAGUGGCAUACUUUCUGGUCUUCGUGUGCUCUGCCAUGUGAAGUUCUCCUUUUGUUUUGACAUAUAUAAGAAUGUUAACAAAAUCCAGAAGGUGAAGUGUCCUGUGCUUGUAAUACAUGGCACAGAAGAUGAUGUUGUUAAUUGGCUACAUGGGAAUGGAUUGUGGAAAAUGGCAAGGGAGCCAUAUGAGCCCUUGUGGAUUAAAGGAGGCGGACACUGCAACUUGGAGCUAUACCCAGAUUACAUCCGCCAUCUUUGCAAGUUCAUUCAUGAAAUGGAGAACAUAACGACAGCAACUCGCCUUAAAAAGAUUCGGCAGAGUCUCCAUCUUCCUGCAAGGUCAAAUAACACCUCAGUUACUUCUAAAAGGUGUUUUAGGAUUAAGUUGUGUAAACCCAAAUGCCCAGGAUGUCCAAAACCUAGAUGCAUGAAAUGUCCCUCACUACCCACAUGUUCAUGCUGUUGGAGACCUAGCUGUAUAAUCUGUUGCUGGAAGCCAAGAUGCCCAAAAGUAAAAUGCUCUAAUCCUUGCUGCUGCAUCAAAUGUUUCCCGUGGCAAUGUUGCUCGUGCACGUGUUGUGGGUUUAAUGGUAAGCAGGAUGGAUAACAAGGGAUAAUGUGCUUGUAUAGAUUGCUGAUCUCCCUAACACCCCUCUAAUCUUGUGCAGCCGUGUACAAAACAAGAGGAAGUAGAUUUUCUUAUAAUCUUUAGGAAAACUAUACAAUUGAAUUAUUUCUUGAUGUUAAGAGUAUUCUUAAAUCUAUAUUUCAUAUCUUAUCAGUUAUUUCAG